CAGUUGACUACUUCCUUUGUGGGCUGUGGAUGCCAGCCCCAAACCGUUCUGUCUAACACACCUCCCUCUCAGAACUGCCCUCCCCAAUCCUGCUUUUCUGUGGGCUUAAAACCUGCACACCUGGACACUCUGUCUAGGACUCCGCCCCGUGAAAUAGGAAAUCGGUGAUUUCUUGUAGAUGCUGGCGUCUCUUUUUAGCUACUUUGAACUCCUGAGCCUCCAGCCUCCAGAAUGUAGUGAGGCAGACUAGCUAAAGUUGGUGGGGUCCCCCUCCCUUUCCUCAAGACAGGGUUUCUCUGUGUAGGUUCUGGAACUUGCUCUGUACACCAGGCGUAUCUUGAUCUUAGGGGUUCCCAAAUGUGGGCUAAAGCGUGAUGCUUUCAUAUGUUAAUAUUUGGCAUCUAGAAGAAAGAUGCUGUCCACGGGGUAUUCCGGGGUGGGGAGUGUGCUGGUGCACACUUGUCUGCAAGGUCAUCCUCCCACUGCAAGGUGAAUCUCCUUGUAAGCUAAAAGAAGCUCAUUAGUUCCCAGAGCCUUCCCACCCAAGAGACCUGCCUUACACUGUUGCCCUGUCCUUUCACUGGGCUAGGGAGAUCUGCUAGGCUUUGCGAAAGAGACUUUCUAGCCCUUUUUGUUACCUCAGCAUCCUCAGCUCCUCCUGCUACCUGUAUGGGCAACAGAAGCUGUGGCUAUAGGAAUCCAUGAUAUGGCCAAAUUUGCAUUAAUAACCUGCCUUGCCAGGCGGUUGUGACACAUGCCUUUAAUCCCAGCACUCAAGAGGCAGAGACAGGUGGGUCUCUCUGAGUUCAAGGCCAGCCUGGUUUACAGAGUGAUUUCCAGGACAGGCUCCAAAGCUACACAGAGAAACCCUGUCUCGAAAAACACGAAUAAGCUCCUGGUCAGGCCUGGUGGUGAAUAUAUGCCUGUUACACCUACUGUACCCAGAAGCUAAAACAGGAGGCUUUUGAAUACCAGGUACAUAACUAGACCCUGCCUCCAAUAAGCUAAAAACACCAAGCAGCUGACAUUCCCUGGGCACCAGAGCUUUGUUCCCUGGAGAAACCGAUGGGACCUACUCUCCUCCAAUCCUUGCAUCUGGGCUUGAACUACAGCAGGAUAUGACCUUGAUGGAACUGGCUGCAGGCCCCAUACUGUAGAGUACGCUUUAGCUGACAGCCUCUUCCACUGUGACUCCCCCCUUCACGGUGUCCUGCCCGGUGGGCAUCAGAGCCAUGGCCACGGAGGAGAAGAAGCCAGAGACAGAGGCUGCAAGAGCACAGCCUACCCCUUCCUCAUCAGCCACACAGAGCAAGCCCACACCUGUUAAGCCAAACUAUGCUCUGAAGUUCACCCUGGCUGGCCACACGAAAGCUGUGUCCUCUGUGAAGUUCAGCCCCAAUGGGGAGUGGCUGGCAAGUUCAUCUGCUGAUAAACUCAUUAAAAUAUGGGGAGCAUAUGACGGGAAGUUUGAGAAAACCAUAUCUGGUCACAAGCUGGGGAUAUCUGAUGUAGCCUGGUCAUCAGAUUCCAACCUCCUUGUGUCUGCCUCUGAUGAUAAAACUUUGAAGAUAUGGGACGUGAGUUCUGGAAAGUGUCUGAAGACCCUGAAGGGCCACAGUAACUAUGUCUUCUGCUGCAACUUCAACCCCCAGUCCAACCUCAUCGUCUCAGGGUCUUUUGAUGAAAGCGUGCGGAUAUGGGAUGUGAAGACAGGGAAGUGCCUCAAGACUUUGCCUGCCCAUUCGGACCCAGUAUCCGCUGUUCAUUUUAACCGCGAUGGAUCGUUGAUCGUUUCCAGUAGCUAUGAUGGCCUCUGCCGCAUCUGGGACACUGCCUCUGGCCAGUGUCUGAAGACGCUCAUUGAUGAUGAUAAUCCUCCAGUGUCCUUUGUGAAGUUCUCUCCAAAUGGCAAAUAUAUCCUGGCCGCAACUUUGGACAACACGCUGAAGCUCUGGGACUACAGCAAGGGGAAGUGCCUGAAGACAUACACUGGCCACAAGAACGAGAAAUACUGCAUAUUUGCCAACUUCUCCGUGACAGGUGGGAAGUGGAUCGUGUCUGGUUCUGAAGAUAACCUGGUGUAUAUUUGGAAUCUGCAGACCAAGGAGAUUGUGCAGAAGUUGCAGGGUCACACAGAUGUUGUGAUUUCCACGGCUUGUCACCCGACAGAGAACAUCAUUGCCUCAGCAGCGCUAGAGAAUGACAAAACAAUCAAACUGUGGAAGAGUGACUGCUAAGUCCUGGCUCCACAAGAGACUUCAGGAAGCCGCCCAGAUUGGCAAGAAACACACGUGGGGCAGAGGUGUGAGGCCAGGCUGGGUGACAGGACUGGUGCACCUCUUCUCUGAAGAUGUCGGGUCAGGGGAGUGCACACUCCCGAGUCUUGAUAGCCACUGUGACAUUUCUUGCCAAUUCUGUCCCUGCCUGGGGAAGUUCCUGGUCUGUGCUCAGAGGCAGCAAAUUUUUAAUUUUUUAUUACGAGAGUGAGUUCAACUCAUCAUUUUCCCCAGUAAUUGUUCUGUAUCAUUUUGGUAUUGUAUUGCCCAGUGCACACACUGGAGCAGGACCUGCAGCCCCACUCCCGUUCCCUGCCUCAGCCUUGGCCUGCUUGUUCAUGUUCCCUGCCUGUAAUAGUACCCAGUGUGUUUCCAGGACUUUCUGGAAACAUAGAAAGGUUGUAAGUUGUAUCCGUGUUAAGUCCCUUUGUAUUUUUGGAGUUCAUAGAUUAACACUGACCUCUCAGUGGUUGCACAAUGUCCCUUGUCUCACUGGUGUCACUCAGUAAGCUACAUACACUGUAAUAAAGGUGGACUUGAAUCCUCUGUGGCCCUGAGCUCUGGCAGGAGCUCAUCCUCACCUGGUUUUUAGAAAGCUCCCCCCCAGAGCAGGGGUUGGAAAGGUCUCUGGGAAGAUGGAUCCUUGCUAUGCCUCUUCUUUCCCAGUGGCUGCUGUGGGCACUGAGUGUUUGGAGAGGAAGACUCAGUUGAAAAAGAGUGGAAAUCUUGGACAAGCAUUAUGUAGGGAGGUUCUGGUCCUCUCCGUUCUUUGUGAGGCUCAGGGUCACCUGUGCAGGAGGGAGGGGUUCAAUAUGGUGCUUGUCCCAGCAGGUACAGUGUCCUGCCUUGACCUCUAAACCCACCAGCCUCUCUUAGCCCCUGCCUCAAAUGGAUCCUCUGGUGUCCUGGCUUCUGCAUGACCAGACCUGGGAAGAGGCGAUGGCCAGACUCAGAGCUGCACAGCAUUUUCACAACUGCUGGCCAUACCCAGGGUGGCCUGACUUGGAACAGAAUGCAGAAGUUCUCUGGGUGUUUCCAGUCCAGAUGGGUGGGUGAGGCUUCUGCACAGGCAGGGACUGCAGAAGGCUGCGGAGAGGUUCUGGGCUUGCUCUCGCUGCUGCAGCCUGCUUAGUCAACAGAUCCAUAUGAAGCCAGGUCAUCGAGGUCUAUGUGGCUGGGCUCUCUUCGUUGAGGGCCUGUCCUCAGCCUGUGGUCCUUACAGCCAUGUGUUGGCCACUCCAUCAGGCAAGAUAAGAAUUCUAAAAGGGGUUGGAAAAGGUACCUCCUGUAGACUCCUGUCCCCUCCUUUGGUGUGCACACGGGGUUAGAGAGGGUGGCUUGUCACUGACAUGUGGGUUCUGGGGCCCCUGGCAUCUUUUGGAUUGAUGUGCCUGGGUUCUGGUCAGCGUUGUGGGCAUGUUGCUGUGGGGUUUCUGGAGGGGUGUUGAGGUCCUUCCAGCUGUGGCCUGGUGUGUGGGCCCCCUCCUCAGAGAGGGAGCUUGCUUGCCAUGCUGAGCACAGUAUCCCCAAGUAUAGUUUAUUUUUUCUACAGUUGAACUCUGUUGUAGAUUUAUGUAAAAAUACAUUCUCUUUUUGAAAAUAAAGAUUUUCAUGUCUUGUAA